AUGGCUUCGGCAACAACAGAAGAACAUGUCGGUGUGCGUCAUGUUGAUGAGAACACCUUAUCAUCAGUAAAUCUUAAACAAUAUGAUAAUUUUGACGAAUACAUUGUAUUGAUUGUGGGUAUUGAUGAUAAUCAGUAUUUAUUUAAAAAUCUUCCAUUGAUGAUUAGUAGAGAUCGCAUACAAUCAUUCGAUGAUAUUGCAACAAGUCUUCGAUUUAUUCGUUCUCAAUCUAAUAUAAAUAUUUUCUUAAUUAUUUCCGGCACAUUAGGACAGAAGUAUGCUCAUCAAUUUGUUCUUGAAACACAAAUUAUCGGGCUGUAUAUCUAUUGCAUGGAUGAGACGGAACAUGCAAAAUGGGCAAAAGAAAUUGAGAAGAUUCGAUGUAUUGUUUCGAACCCAACAAAAUUAAUUAUUCAACUUCAUAGUGAUAUUAAAAAGCUAAGUGGACGAUGGCCUUUUGCUGAAAAAUCAUUUGAAAAAGCUUCGACUGACACUUCUCAAUGGUAUCAUCUAUUUCUUCUAGUGAUCUGCUAUCGAUCUGAAUCUAUAAAACUAUCUUAUCAAAAUAUGUUCAAAGAAUGUCGCGAGUAUUAUCAGAAUAAUUAUUCUAUAAUUAAACAAAUUGAUGAAUUCGCACAAACAUAUAAACCGACUAAUGCAAUUUAUGAGUAUACACGAGAUACCUUUCUUUAUCGUAUUGUCAAUCAUGCUUUACGUACACAAAAUAUGAAACUUAUCACAGUAUUUAGUCCUUUCAUUAGAGAUUUACAUUCUCAAAUAUAUGACUAUCAUCGAAUAUAUUACCGUUCCAAUAACCAAUUUAUUCGAAGUGUGUAUCGAGGACAAAAUCUAAGUCCAGAACAACUGAAUCAUCUUAUUUCAAUUUGGAAAUCCAAUACUUCGAUCAUUACAUUGACUACAUUCGGUUCAACAACAGUUGAUCCUGAUGUUGCAUUGGAUUUUGUACCUCUUGAAGAUGGUUUAACCGCUUGUCUAUUUGAAAUUAUUAUCACUGACAGCUAUAAUGACUAUAUGAAAAUGAUGACUCGUCAUGUGCAGGUAUUCGCAAAUAUUACUUCACUGUCUCAUUUUCCACAGGAGCAAGAAGUACUCUUUUCGCUUGUAACACAUUUUCGAAUACAACAUAUCGCAUAUCGAGAAAAUCGAUCUGAUCGUCCUUGGGUCUUAAUUACACUCGAACUCGUCACAGGUGCACAGGAUGGUCGUCAUUUUAGAGAUUAUGAUAUUAUCGAUCUGAUUGGAAAGGUAGAAGAUCCACAAAUUUAUACUGCUAUCAUAGAUAUGUUAGUGAAGAAUGCUGAAGAUGACGUCACAUUUAACACUACGAACUGGUCAAAUUGGUGGAAAAAGUUAAACAGUCCAUGGUCGAUGAGCAUUGGAAAUCAACAGCCGCUAAACUUAACAUUCUAUGAUUGUUUUACUAAUAAUAAAUAUUGGUCAAGAAAAGCCAUUGACAUGCAUAAAACUCUUCUACGUUCUAUUCCGGUAAUCGAAUCGAAUCGAUCAUCUUUUUCUUAUUUACUUCGUGAAUCAAACGUUUGGUUGUCAUUACCCACACGAUGGGUAGCCUUGUACGAGGAGUAUUUAGAACAUUUCUGCAUAGUGGACACGAAAGAAGUCGCUACACUUCUUAAGAAAGCCGGGCAAAUGUAUGAAACGACUGCAGAUACGAAAUGCGCAUUAGACUGCUAUGAGAAAAUAUUGAAAAUAAACGUGAAUGAUAAGUACGGAAUGAAUAAUUACAUACAAAACCAAAUAGAAAAAUUGCUGAGACCUCCCAGACCUAUUCGAACGAGAACUGACGAACGCAGAUCAAUACCAGAAGAUCGUGUUGAAGAAGUUUUAGAAGUAUAUGAAAUGAUGGAAGACCUACGAUUAAUUUAUCGAAUUUUCAAAGAGUGCUCUAGUAACAUAUCUUUUAUAAAAGCAUGCGUAGAACAAAUCUAUCUAUUACUUAUACGAGUUGAGAAAUGGUAUGAUGCGGCUGACUCUAGGAUUAUUCUUCGCUUUCCACAUGAAGAGAUUGAAGAUCUGUCGGUUAAUGAUUAUCGCUUGAAUUUUUUAUUAGCUGCAAAAACACAUAUAUUAUCACCAAGCACUUCAAGAACGGAUGGAACUAACAAUCGUUCACUUUCAUGUUGGCGUUAUAAGAAAUAUAUGUACGAAUAUGUGUUCAUCGGAGAAUUAAAACAAUGUUUACAGCUAUUUCAAAGUAAAUCAAUAGAUAUUAAUUACAAUGUUUUUUCUCGAAUCGAUCGACUGAUGAAAAAACUCAGUGUGCUCAUCGCUAUAUGUACUGUUUAUAUAUGCACUGAAUCGGCUAGUGGUAAAGUUAUGAUGGGUAAUAUUAAAUUUAUCAAUGUAAUCAAUGCAGAAACUAAACAACACAUUUUCUUCGACCUUCACAAUAGUAAUCUACUAAUUGGUCUGGAAACACUCGAAGAACAAAGUUCAAUUACUAAGAGAGCUCCUGUCGCGAUUCCAGAUGAUAUGAGAAUAAAAUCAAUGAAUAUCAGCGAUUUUUAUUAA